AGCGAGCCCCUCACAAGAAUUCUCCUGGCUAUGUCCGCCAUCUGGAAUGUCGAGUCACUUCCUCUGUCUGCCCCUGCACUCUUACGGGGUUGUGCUCCACCUCUCUGUUCCCUCCCUCUGCUUUGACAGCACUCUGAAGAACCGCUGGAGACCACGCCAGUGUAAAUGGGACUCUUCUGACAAGGCACACAUGCUGGCUCGCAAGCUUUCAGCUUUUAAGUAGCCUGGAGUAGCCUGCUUUCACCCAGACUUACUCUAAAUGGAAUCUUGGCUUGGAAAAAGCAAAGACAACUGCAGUCAUCAGCUGAACUUAUUGGAGGGUGUUCCUAUUCCCUUAUAUGGCAGCAGAGCUGGGAAAUUAUUUGAAUUAGUCUGGUUUCUGUUGCAUGCCUGUCUGGUUUUAGUGCUGACUGACUUCCAUCUGGUAUGUUUCUGUCUCUGCUGUAUGUGAGUGUGUGUGUGCGUGUGGCUCGAUUUGUUUGUUUUGCCAUUCUUGGUUCUUCUUUUCCUGUUGUUUGCAUGUAGGGCUUUUGUUUUGGGACAAGAGGCGGGCUUGUGUUUGUGGUUAAGCUUAGAACCAGCGUCAUUGCCUCAGGGGUGGCUGCUUCAUUCACUCUGCUGUUUUUCUUCUACCUCCUUCUCCUCUCUCUCUCUCUCUCACACUGCUGUGGUGGUCUGUGUUUGUUAGAUCAACACACCCACCUGGGUGCAGCAGUCCACAAACUGAAACAAACUGGGUUUCUAGACAAGAAUACUAUCAGAAUAUGGUGGACUAGAGCUUCUGCUGAGGAGUGCCUGGAGUUUUUGAGUGGAGUAACCUCAGAUUCAGCUGGAUGAUGUGUCUUUUUUCCCCUCAGUGCUACAGAAUGGGUGAACCAGAAGAAGCCAGCAGAGACCCAGGAAGUGUUUGCUGAUAGAUUUUCACAUUUUGGUCAUGACAAAAAGGAUUAUGGGAAAGUUUUAAACACUCAAGUUAACCACUCAGCACAAACUGAUGCUGAUGACUUGAGUGACAGACCUCCUGCGCAAUGCCCUCUGUGACACAGUAAAUUUGUGCGUUAAUUUAACGCUUUUCACCUCGUGUGGAUUAUUCUUAAGAACAUCUCUCACAGUUAACUGCCAUGGCUACGGCACCAUGGUAUCAUCGUGACAUCAGUCGUGUGCAUGCAGAAGACUUGUUGGCACGGGCAGGGAGGGAUGGCAGCUACCUUAUAAGAGACAGUGAAUCUGUGCCAGGAGCCUUUGCAUUGUGCCUGCUGUUUCAACGUCAUGUUCACACAUAUCGUAUUCUUCCAGAUGCAGAUGGUCUUCUUGCAGUUCAGACGACACAGGGGGUGCAGGUAAACUGUUUCCGGACACUGGAGGACUUGGUUUGGGGGUAUCAGCACCCCCACAAAGGCCUGGUCACUCCUCUUCUCUAUCCUGUUCCCCGUGAUACAGACACAGGGGAUGAGAGCUCAGACGAUGAGAAGCCACCUCCUGUUCCUGCCUCUGUCAGCACAGCAUCUAUUACAGGACCACCAGUAAAACCAGCCCCUCAUGCCAUGUUCCUGGAGAAGCUGAAAAACCUGAAUACAUCCAAUACAGCAGCCGAGGUGAUUGGCCUUCUCGGUGACUACCUCUUCAGUGAGCUGCCUCUUGAUAUUGAAAAUGUGCAUAAAGGAGCAACAACCUUGUACCACCUCAAGUGUACUCUGGGAGCUGCCUGCCAAGGCUUAAACAGUGAGAUUGAUUUGACUCUCUCAAGUCUGGAAACAUUGGCCAAAGUCUUCGACCACCCUAGCUGCUCUUUAACACCCACAAAGCCACAGAGUCCAGAGAUGGAGUUUGACAGCCUGUUGUGCAAGAUCUCAGCCUUGAUCAGCCUCCUUUCUUCAUUGGAGAAGAAGGUUUUAAAAGCAUUACAAGAUGCAGUGACCAAUCACAAUCUGGCAGUGCAGCCGAGCCCAUCCCCUCCUGAACCAAACCCCACCACUGUAACACCUGCAAGGAACAACACCAGACAGCUGCCUGUCCACUCCUUUCAGGUAAAGAUAGUGAGGUAUGGCAGGCAAACUGUUUCUGUGGAUGUGGACACAGGAGUGCUGCUUUUUGACAGGAAGGCUGGCUCGUUUGGUAUUGAGAGGAUCACGCAUGACAGAAUUCUUCAGAUUGUCAAGUUCCAGAGCAGUCCAGCCAAGGUUCGAUUGGUGGUUGACAGUCACCACAACACACCACAGGACAUGACGUUUGAAAGUCCUCGGAAAUGUGACUCCUUCUGCCACCUGCUUCUACUGAUGAAGUCCAGGCACUCUCAGUGGAGUGAGCCGGAUGUGGUCUCUGUGUUUGUUGGCACAUGGAAUAUGGGUGGUUCUCCUCCCCCUCGAAGCCUGCAAUCCUGGGUGACCUGCUGUGGUUUGGGACACACCCCUGAUGAGUCGACAGCUUUGCUCCCUCAUGACAUCUAUGCACUGGGGACUCAGGAAAACCCUCAGGGGGAAAAAGAGUGGACCGAACAUAUCAAAGCAACCCUUCGCAGCUAUACUCAGAUUGAGUUCAAACAGGUGGCAGUGCAAUCCCUCUGGAAUAUGAGGCUUGCUGUGUUUGUAAAGCCGGAGCAUGAGAGUCGCAUCAGCCAUGUGAACACAGCCAGCGUGAAGACUGGACUGGGAAACACAUUGGGAAACAAGGGAGCAGUCGGGGUCUCCCUCCAGUUCAGUGGGACAUCUUUUGGCUUUGUUAACUGCCACCUGACAUCUGGGAGCGAGAAAGUAAUAAGGAGGAAUCAGAACUUUGUGGAUAUCCUCAGACUGCUCUCUCUGGGUGACAAACAGCUUAGUGCCUUUGACAUCAGUAUGCGCUUCACUCAUCUCUUCUGGUGUGGAGAUCUCAACUACAGGCUUGACUUGGACGUACAGGACAUCCUGAAACAUGUAUCCAAAAGAGAAUUUGAGGAGCUCAUGUGUGCAGACCAGCUGACCCGAGAACGACAAAAGAAAAAGGCCUUUCCUAAUUUCAAGGAAGAGAAGAUCACAUUUCCACCCACUUAUCGGUAUGAAAGGGGCUCUCGAGACUGCUACCUUUGGCAAAAAUACAAGACGUCAGGGGUGCGGGUCAAUGUUCCGUCAUGGUGUGACAGGAUUCUGUGGAAGUCCUACCCUGAAACACACAUCAUCUGCACUGCAUAUGGUUGCACAGACGACAUCUUCACAAGUGAUCACUCACCUGUUUUUGCCACUUUCCAAGUGGGAGUGAUGACACCAUGCAGCUCCAAAACAGAUUCAAACCCCAGUGUGGAGAGGGCCUGGAUUGAGCUUGAAGGCAUCGAGGCCAUAGUAAAGACAGCGAGCAAGGCUAAGUUCUUCAUCGAGUUUCACUCAUCGUGCCUUGAAGAGACGCGACGCUCCAGUGAGAAUGACUCACAGAGCUGUGAUGUACCAGGGUUUCUUAAACUAGGCUGGUCCUUCAAACAGCUACCAAAGCUUUUUCCAGUUAUGUCUGACAUGGAGCAUCUUCAGGGCCAACACCUGCUGUUUUCUGUAAAGUCCUGUGAUGGGUUUGAGUCAUACGGUGAAUGUUGUGUAGCGCUGCGCUCGCUGACUGGUGCGUCAGAGCAAUUUGAGACAUUUUUGAGUCACCGAGGUGAGGAGAUGGGCUCCAUACGAGGACGGGUCAGAGUCCAUGUGCCCAAAGAAAGACGGGCAACGCGGCAGAAGAUCUAUGAGUUGUUCUCUUUUGAGAAAAAUGAUAAAGGUGCUGGGAGGGGACAAAUGUCUUCUGCAACAGCACGGAUCCCAGUAACCAGGCCCUCUGGAGUCCCUCUUAAACUUACUCCAAGCAGCUACACCAACCCUGCCUACUUCAUCUUUGAAGGCAUAUCAGUCCCACGCAGAGCGGAGGAGGUUCUUCCCCAGCGAAGAGACCCUCAGGUGAUCUGGUCCGGUAAUGAGGCCUUGCAGCUCCCAAAAGUCUCAGGUCGUCAGGGCUUUGACAAGAGACCCUGUCACAGAUCAGACUUUACAGAAAUAGAAAUUCCAGCCAUUCUGCCUCAGUGCACACCAGCCAGAGACAUCCAUACAUCCCCAACCAACUCUUCCUAUCAGCUUUUCCCAGCCAAAAACCCAUCUCCAAUCCCUCCACCCUCAUGUAAUGCCAUCCCACAGUACCAAGAGCGGACUUCUCAGCCUAGAGAAAAAUACCAAGGAAAAGUAAAUUAUGUUCAAGACUCUGUCCAACCUGAAUGCAAUGUUAGGAACUUGUACAUGAAUCACUCAGCAGUCAUCAGGGAUAAAGUCAGAAGGGAUCAUAUCCAGCCUCUUCCAGCAGGAGCCAAUGCUAUCCAAGCAGCCAAGUCAUCAGCUCUUCCCUACAAUCCCACUCACUUGGCACACCAUCAGGGCUCUGUUCCCUGGCUUGUUGAAAAGCAGUCACCUGGACCCACAGGAGACAACUCCCUCACUGCUUUGCAGAUUGCCAAGUCCCUCAGUGAAGUUGACUUCUUCCCUUUAGUGCAGAGAGGUCCAUCGAUACUCGGCCCUUCAAUGCAUGGAGACAGAAACUACAGCUGGGAAAAAGAGGUGUCCGUCCUCAAAUGUGCACCAGAGACUGUGCGGGAGCUUCUUAGUACUCUGGGUCUUCAAAAAUACACUCUGGGACUUAGCCUUAAUGGCUGGGAUGAUCUGGACUAUUUCAGUGGCAUCACUGAAGAGGAUCUGUGUGCUGCAGGAGUAGCAAACCCUUCACACCGACGCAGGAUCCUGGAGAACCUACCCAGGAAUUGGAACUGACAUUAAAAUGAAGACUUUCAGAUGAAAUCUUAUCAUUUGCUAAAUUAGAACUGGAAAAACUCAGAACUGAACGCAGUCUGAUCUAACUGUCAGUCACGUUUCCUGGACUUUGCCACAGCCCUGCAGUCAUUUCAUGCACUUGAUCAAUACUGCAAGAGUAAUUUGUUGCAAAACUUUGCAGGAAGUACUUGUUGCACAUUAUGGUUUGCUCAUUUUCCAUCCUCAGAGCUGCUAAAGGAAGCUGUUGAUAUGAAUGGAAAACCUUGACAUUUGUUUCUAGUUACUGACACAUAACAAAUAUUUAUUUUUAGGUCACAUUGAUUUUUGUCUCCAUUGAAACAUAAAUUGCUCUCAAAAAUAACCCUCCAAUUUCUAAUGCUCACUAAGGCUGAUGUUUACAUUCCACCCACUUCUAUGUUGCUUACCUUGCAUACUGCUAUUAUUGAGCCAGAGCUUGAACUUGUAAAAGCCUGAUAAUAAACCUAUUGGACAUAAAAUCCACAAUAUUUACUGGAAGAUUGUCUGGAAAGCUGUUUUAAAAAGAUAUGCUCUAUGCUGUUUGUUUACUGUCUCAUACUCUUACAUCAUGUCAAAUAAUCAGUAGCUUUAUACACUAUGCAACAAUUAUAAAGAGCAUAAAGCAGCACUUGACUGUUACUUGGCAAUCACAAGUGUCAUUUUAUGCUUAGUGGCAACAAAUAUACCUGUCCUUACACUGC